AUGACCAACGCAACACUUUCCUUCAUCUCCGAUCUCCCUUUGUAUACCAAUGUCAAACCGUAUGCCAUAUCGACAGACACACAAGUCCCAGAGGAAGCACGUUCGAAUAUCAAAUUCGAAGAGCGAAGCACUAUCCCCAUAACCGAUGUCAGGACAUUGCCACAUGAUAAUCUAUCAUACUCGCAGCAAGGGUUCCGGUUUUUCGCACACCCGUCGUCGGCAACGUAUGAGUUCGGGUUUGAUGACGCCUCUGUUGCAACGUACUGCAGAAAACUUGUGGAACUGGUCAGAAAGGAAUUCAUGACUGAACAUGUGUUUUGCUACGAUCUGAAGGUAACAUCAGUAGCGUUAGCUGUAGACAAAUUAUUUUUUGACGCUCCGAAGGUUCGUGAUAGUGAAACAAAGACGACUGAAUAUGGUGCUAGCACUGAUCUCAGCGCUGGCAAUAUUGCACCGCCGGUCUAUGGUGUUCAUAUUGACCACACCGAAACUUCAGGACCACAACGCAUACGUCGGCAUUUGACGAAUGUCGAAGUCGAGCGGUUCUUGAAUGGUGGGUUCCGAGCACGCAUUGUGAAUGCCAACCAUAAGUGGUACUGGUUAAGUUUCCAGACCCCUGAGGAAGUUGCCGUCUUCGUACAGUACGACUCUAAUGAACCGAGAGAGUCAGAUACAGUAUCAAGUUGA